UGAGCGCAGAGGCUUCGUCACGUGUUUUGCUCCUCUGGAGUGAGACGGCGGCGCGGUCUGAAGAGGGCCAGCGCGCGGUGCCAGCCGCCGCAGCCGCCGCUUGUUUUGGUUGGGGCUCUCGGCAACUCUCCCGAGGAGAAGGAAGGAGGGAGGAGGAGGAGGGAGGAGGAGAGAAGUAACUGUGGCGGCUGCGCCUCCGGAGGACCGGGCGUCUUCCCCGAUCUCUUCCCAAACCUCCCCCCUCCCCGCCUCCCUCCCUCGUCCCCUCCCCUCCUCCCUUGCGGACUGGAGCUAGGGCAGGGAUGAGCCUGUCCCUCUGGACCGUCCCCUGCUCCCCCGGCUGCCCAGUAACGUUGCGCGUGGAAAAGCCACUUUCCCCGCCCGCCGAGAUGGGCUCGAGUGCGGGCUGCAGAGGACGCGUCCUCGGGCGGCAGCAGCAGCAGCAACAGCCGCAGCGCCGCGGUCUCUGCGAUUGAGCUGGUAUUUGGGCGGCUGGUGGCGACGGGGACGGUUGAAGGGUGGGAGGAGGCAGAGGAGGAGGAGGAGAAGGAGGAGGGAGAACCCGGUGCAACGUUGGGACUUGGCAGCCCGCCUCCCCCUGCCCAAGGAUAUUUAAUUUGCCUCGGGAAUCGCUACUUCCAGAGGGGAACUCGGGAGGGAAGGCGCGCGCGCCCAGAGGGCCAAGCGGGGACUCCUCGGGCCAUCGCUGCCUCCCUGCAUCGGACUCGACCAGGGGCGGCAAGGGAUGCACCAUAGCUCCUUCUCUGCUGCAGGGACUGGGGGAGACUUAGUCCUCGGAAGAUUGCGGCUGCACUCACCCUAGACCCACUGCCUUUCCCUCUGGGCACGAAACGCCCUUAAACUCGGAUCAGGCUAUCUUCCUUGGCGCAGCUACCUCGUCCUUCGGCUGCCCCUCCCCAGCGCCAGGAACAGCGUAAAUUUAGGAGUCAGAAUUUCUGCGUGCUUCCUCCAGCCCGGAGUGCAUGUGCGGGGCCGCACUGAGAAGCCACCCCUCACCCAGUUUUUCGACACCUCCCUCUGCUUCGCAGCAGCAUGGCGAGCCCUCCGGAUACCGAUGGCUUCUCAGACGUGCGCAAGGUGGGCUACCUGCGCAAACCCAAGAGUAUGCAUAAGCGCUUUUUCGUGCUGCGGGCGGCCAGCGAGGCCGGGGGCCCGGCGCGCCUGGAGUAUUAUGAGAACGAGAAGAAGUGGCGGCACAAGUCGAGCGCCCCCAAACGCUCGAUCCCCCUCGAGAGCUGUUUCAACAUCAACAAGCGGGCUGACUCCAAGAACAAGCACCUGGUGGCUCUCUACACCCGAGACGAACACUUUGCCAUUGCGGCGGAUAGCGAAGCUGAGCAAGACAGCUGGUACCAGGCUCUUCUGCAGCUGCAUAAUCGGGCAAAGGCCCACCAUGACGGGGCUGGAGGAGGCUGCGGUGGUAGCUGCAGCGGCAGCUCUGGCGUCGGAGAGGCAGGGGAGGACUUGAGCUAUGACACGGGUCCAGGACCCGCGUUCAAGGAGGUCUGGCAGGUUAUCCUGAAACCCAAGGGCCUGGGUCAGACAAAGAACCUGAUUGGCAUCUACCGCCUCUGCCUGACCAGCAAGACCAUCAGCUUUGUGAAGCUGAACUCCGAGGCAGCCGCUGUGGUGUUGCAGCUGAUGAACAUCAGACGCUGUGGCCACUCAGAGAACUUCUUCUUCAUCGAGGUGGGGCGUUCAGCUGUGACAGGGCCUGGCGAGUUCUGGAUGCAAGUGGAUGACUCCGUGGUGGCUCAGAACAUGCAUGAGACCAUUCUAGAGGCCAUGCGGGCCAUGAGCGAUGAGUUUCGCCCGCGCAGCAAAAGCCAGUCUUCAUCCAGUUGCUCCAACCCCAUCAGCGUUCCCCUGCGCAGGCACCAUCUCAACAACCCUCCACCCAGCCAGGUGGGACUGACUCGGAGAUCUCGAACUGAGAGCAUCACUGCCACCUCCCCUGCCAGUAUGGUGGGUGGGAAACCAGGUUCCUUCCGGGUGCGUGCCUCCAGCGAUGGCGAAGGCACCAUGUCCCGUCCAGCAUCAGUGGAUGGCAGUCCUGUGAGCCCUAGCACCAACAGGACCCACGCCCAUCGGCAUCGAGGCAGCUCCAGGCUGCACCCCCCACUCAACCACAGCCGCUCCAUCCCCAUGCCUUCUUCACGAUGCUCACCUUCAGCCACCAGCCCAGUGAGUCUGUCAUCCAGUAGUACCAGUGGCCAUGGCUCCACUUCAGACUGUCUCUUCCCGAGGCGCUCUAGUGCUUCAGUGUCUGGUUCUCCUAGCGAUGGCGGUUUCAUCUCUUCUGAUGAGUAUGGUUCUAGUCCCUGCGAUUUCCGAAGUUCCUUCCGCAGUGUCACCCCAGAUUCCCUGGGGCACACCCCACCAGCCAGGGGUGAGGAGGAGCUGAGCAAUUAUAUCUGCAUGGGUGGCAAGGGAGCCUCCACCUUGGCUGCUCCCAAUGGUCACUACAUUUUGUCUAGGGGUGGCAACGGCCAUCGCUACAUCCCAGGUGCUAACUUGGGGACAAGCCCAGCGCUGACUGGAGAUGAAGCCGCGGGUGCAGCAGAUCUGGAUAACCGGUUUCGGAAGAGAACUCACUCCGCAGGCACAUCGCCUACCAUUUCCCAUCAGAAGACCCCCUCACAGUCUUCAGUGGCUUCUAUUGAGGAAUAUACAGAGAUGAUGCCCGCUGCCUACCCACCAGGAGGUGGCAGUGGAGGCCGACUGCCCGGCUACCGGCAUUCAGCCUUCGUGCCCACCCACUCCUAUCCCGAAGAGGGUCUAGAGAUGCACCACUUGGAACGUCGUGGAGGCCACCACCGUCCAGACACCUCCAACCUCCACACUGAUGAUGGCUACAUGCCCAUGUCUCCUGGGGUGGCUCCAGUGCCCAGCAACCGCAAAGGAAAUGGAGACUAUAUGCCCAUGAGCCCCAAGAGUGUAUCUGCCCCACAGCAGAUCAUUAACCCCAUCAGACGCCACCCACAGAGAGUGGACCCCAAUGGCUAUAUGAUGAUGUCACCCAGUGGUAGUUGCUCACCUGACAUUGGAGGUGGGUCCAGCAGCAGUAGUGGCAUCAGCGCAGCCCCUUCUGGGAGCAGCUAUGGGAAGCCAUGGACAAAUGGAGUAGGGGGGCACCAUACUCAUACCCUGCCUCAUGCCAAACCCCCUGUUGAGAGCAGUGGUGGUAAGCUCUUGCCUUGCACAGGUGACUACAUGAACAUGUCACCAGUGGGAGAUUCCAACACCAGCAGCCCCUCAGAAUGCUAUUAUGGCCCAGAAGAUCCCCAGCACAAGCCGGUCCUCUCUUACUACUCAUUGCCAAGGUCCUUUAAGCACACCCAGCGCCCUGGAGAGCCAGAGGAGGGUGCCAGGCACCAGCAUCUUCGUCUCUCUUCGAGCUCUGGACGCCUUCGCUAUACCGCAACUGCCGAAGAUUCCUCCUCUUCUACCAGCAGCGACAGUCUGGGUGGGGGUUACUGUGGGGCCAGGCCAGAGUCUAGCCUCACACAUCCCCACCACCACGUCUUGCAGCCCCAUCUGCCUCGAAAGGUAGACACAGCUGCACAGACCAACAGCCGCCUGGCUCGACCCACAAGGCUGUCCUUGGGGGAUCCCAAGGCAAGCACCUUACCCCGGGUUCGAGAGCAGCAACAGCAGCAGCAGUCUUCCCUGCACCCUCCCGAGCCCAAAAGCCCAGGAGAAUAUGUGAAUAUUGAAUUCGGGAGCGGCCAGCCUGGCUAUUUAGCGGGCCCUGCAACUUCCCGUAGCUCUCCUUCAGUUCGAUGUCCACCCCAGCUCCACCCAACUCCUAGAGAAGAGACUGGCUCGGAAGAGUACAUGAACAUGGACUUGGGGCCAGGCCGGAGGGCAACCUGGCAGGAGAAUGGUGGAGUUGAGUUGGGCAGAGUAGGCCCUGCACCUCCGGGGUCUGCUAGCGUUUGCAGGCCAACCCGAUCGGUGCCAAAUAGCCGUGGUGACUACAUGACCAUGCAGAUAGGUUGUCCUCGUCAAAGCUAUGUGGAUACCUCACCAGUGGCCCCAGUCAGCUAUGCUGACAUGCGGACAGGCAUUGCUGCAGAGGUGAGCCUGCCUAGAACCACAGGAGCUGCUCCUCCUCCAUCCUCCACAGCCUCUGCUUCUGUUACACCUCAAGGAGCCACCGCUGAGCAAGCUACUCACUCUUCCUUGCUGGGAGGCCCUCAGGGACCUGGGGGCAUGAGUGCAUUCACCAGGGUGAGCCUCAGUCCCAACCAUAACCAGAGUGCCAAAGUGAUUCGCGCAGACACGCAAGGGUGCCGGAGGAGGCAUAGCUCUGAGACCUUCUCAGCACCUACUCGGGCUGGCAAUACAGUGCCCUUUGGAGCAGGGGCUGCAGUAGGGGGCAGCGGUGGUGGAGGUGGCGGCAGUGAGGAUGUAAAACGCCACAGCUCUGCAUCCUUUGAGAAUGUGUGGCUGAGACCUGGGGAUCUAGGGGGAGUCUCCAAGGAGUCGGCUCCAGUGUGGGGGGCUGCUGGGGGUCUGGAGAAGAGUCUUAACUACAUAGACCUGGAUUUGGCCAAGGAGCGCUCUCGGGACUGCCCCUCUCAACAGCAGUCCUUACCACCCCCACCCCCUCACCAGCCCUUAGGCAGCAAUGAGGGCAACUCCCCAAGACGCUCCAGUGAGGAUUUAAGCAACUAUGCCAGCAUCAGCUUCCAGAAGCAGCCAGAAGAUCAUCAAUAGCUUAACUGGACAUCACAGCAGAAUGAAGACCUAAAUGACCUCAGCAAAUCCUCCUUUUAACUCAUGGGUACCCACACUCGAACUAUUUCACGAUUCACAACCAGGACCUCACGUCUUCCUCCUCAGUAGAUGGUAUGAUGCAUCCGUUACAGUUUUGUUUACUUUGUACAAUCCUCAGGAGUUCAUUGACUGAACUGCACGUUCUACAUUGUGCCAAGCAACAAGAAAGCACUGUGACACCGGAACAAUGAGUGUGCAUAAACUUUAUCUUGAACUUUAAGGACAGCUGGUCACGAAGAGCUGGUGCACUCCCUACCACCAAGAGAAUGGGUUUACUCCCGUCAAACUUGCAACCGACGUUUCCUCUACUCUGAAACCAUGUUCCAUGAUGCGCCUCUGUAAAUUACUUCAUAUGGAACUGUUCAUGUUGGGUGGAGAGAGUAUUAAAUAUUUAACAUAGGUUUUGAUUUAUAUAUGUAAUUUUUAAUGAAAAUGUAGCUUUCCUUACAGCACAUUUUUUUUUUUUUGAUGUGGAACUGAGGUAUUCAAUGUUCUGUUUUAAAGAGUGGGAUGAAUGCUUAAAACGAGGCUAAAAAGAGUAGACUAGGGGAUGACCUUGUUUUAACGUUCUAAUUCUGAAAAAUAAUAUAAUAAGAAUCAUAGUGCCAUAGAAGGUUCUGGACUGUAUAGUUGUACUUGCUGAUACUGUAAUAUAAACUUAAUGUUGAGCUGAGUUCCUUUAAAGAAUUAAGCUUAGUUUUGUAUGUUUUUGUUUUUGUUCUUUUCCAAACGGAAGGAGGAUGUAUUCUACUGGGGUGUUUUCAAGUGUCGGCUUAGAAUUGGAAGUUGAAUGGAAGCGAACUGUAACAAAGAGAGGAAACCACAGACUUCCAUUGUAAAUACUGUAGAGAGAAGGAGACAGAAGCGAUCCGUUCAAGUCAAAAGCUCUCCUCGGAAUGAAGAAUGUUUAUAAAUUCUGAAAAUGUCUUUCUGUUCAUAAUACUAGACACUGUUGGACCCUCCCCCCACUUCUAUAAGCUUUUGCCCCCACCCACCCUUGUCCUUUUUUUCUGUGUACAUAUCAUAUUUCAUUUCAUACAUUGCCUCAAGAAGGCUCAAGAGACAAGUGCAUUCUUGCUAACUGGAAAUUAAAAUUCCAGAUUUUUUUUUUUUUAAAGUCAUGACCAGGGUUAUGUGUUUUGUUCCCUAAGACACCUAUCUCGUGUGUUCUGGGAACUUUCCGUGUUAUGUGUGUUUGAAAUGAAUGCAAUUGGCCCAUUUGCCCUGGUGUUUGCUGGCCUUUUAGUGGUUAGCUAGUGAAACACAGUUUACAGAGAGCACAUAAAAACUUAGUGACCUGCCUUUGAAACAUCUAGGAGUGAAAAUGUGAAUCCUUUCCUUGUUUGGAAGGUCCACAUAUCUUAGGACUUUUCACUUUAUCAAGUAUAAAUGGCAAUGACUAUACCUGAAGAUGUUUCCUCUGGAAUUGUAAGUUGUCUUUGCCACGACACUCCCUGAAAUGACGGUGAAGACUCAAUGAUCAGGCUCCCUCUGAGUCCCUGUGAACUCAGCCCUGCUUCAGGGAGGAGCAACACUCUACUUCUGGGAAGGUUUGAGCUUCCUGGGUGGGGUUGCAAGGAAGGAGCAAGGGUUGGGACACGACAGUUGCCCAGUUGCCCUGAUCAACUGGUUGGGGACCCCUGGCUCUAUUCAAAGAGAUAAAUAGACCCCCAACUGCUGAGGUGCGGGUUAGUGUUCAGUCAACCAGAUGUACAAUGUUCAGUGUUGCAGAUCUUAAUCAUUUGCAUGCUCAUCCAUUUCUAAGAUAAAUAGGUCUCUAGUCAUAAGAAUUCAUUGUUUUCAAGGAACUCACCAAAUGACAUCAUUUGCUGUCAGUUAGAAAGGCUUUGAAAAUAGGAAGUGAAAGUUGGUGUUUUACAAAUGUAUGAGAAAAGACUCUCAUUGUUAAAGUGACUUUUUAUUUAUUUAUUUUUUUUUAAGCAUUCUGACUCAAAUUCUUGCUAAGGUAAGAAGAAAGCAAGCUGAUUGCUCUCUGCCCUCAAGGAUCUGAGUUACUAAAAAGAGACCAGUGAACAAUGUCAGCCCCAACCUGUCAAGCUGGCUGAAGUUUCUGGAGGAGCCCAGGCUUUGAAUAUUUAUGACUGACAUACCUCUGCAUGUGGGGUUAUUGACACUCGGGGUGAGAACAGGAACGAACAGACUGGACAAUCGUCUCCUGGUUCCUAUCUCUCUUGCUUUGUAUUGAGUCAGUAUGUAAAGGUAGCCUUUCUUGUUCAGCUUCUUCUAGACUUUACCUGAGCUAGGGUUGAUGAAAGUAUCAAACUUGGCUGACUUACAACUGGAAGUUGCUGGUACCCCGGCUGAAAUCUCACGCUCUGGCUCCUUGAAGGGUUUACUUUAAGCACAUCAGCUGCUAAGUUUUUGUGUUCAAUUCCUAUUAAAGGGGGGGGGGGGUUGGCCUUUAUCUAUUUCCAAGUAUUUGCAGGCCAACCAAGGGCUUAUAUUAAUGGGGCUUCUAGUGGCUUCUGGCUAACCUGGAAGUUUGUGGCUUUUUUUUUUUUUUCCUUUAUGAGACCAACCUUUCACAGCAUUCUUUCUUAAAGACUUGUUAGGACAGGGUUUUAAAAUUCUUCUUUGUGAAAAGAACAGGUAUGCUCCCUUGGCUAAGAUGAUAGCUUUCUUUGGGGUGAAAGCAAAGCCCUAGAACCAGCUGGAAAUGAGGGGACUGACUCCAUUAAUGAUCAACCGCCUGGGUCAAUAAUGACAAAUCAGUACUGAUGCUACAUGGGUGGCCAUUUCUUGCUAACUUUCAAAGGUCAGGGACACUCUUGACUAAUUUACCAACGACACAAGUAGAUCGGCUCAAGAAUCAUCUAGCCAGCAAUAGAGAGCUUUAUCCUGUCUUUCCUCGGCAUUUGUCUUUUAACUCUCAUUUAUAUGUGAGACAAAGUGUUACUGUACUAUAGGAAACAAUAUUUUAUAGUGUGGGAACCCUAUUUGAUACAGUGGAACAUCCUGAAAGCAAUAUACCAUGUACUUGGAUACACCUUUAAAACGGGUGACUUAAAGAUAGGGGAAGAUGGCUUAUCCCAUGGUGACAGUAAGAGCCAUGACGGAUAGUACAGUUGUGAAGUGCUGUGACUAGGGGUGAUAAUGAUCCCAUAUUUACCUCAUGCUGUCUUGGCUGAGAUCUCUAUGUGAGAUAGUCAUACAAAGAGGUCCUAUACCAGGAAACUGACAUUGGGGAGAAAAAGGAUUUUUUUGGAAGGCAUAUGGAGGACAAUGCGGGGAACCAAAUAAGAACUAGUUUCUUGGUAGUGACAGGACAGGAGGGUUAGUGCUGUCAUGACAAGGUGGAUGUUAGCAGGAGGUGGUGUUCUCCUCACCUGCUCUGGCUGCCUGAAAGUCUUGAAAGAAGCAGGGUGUCCUUCCAGGUGUGUGAGCAGGCACAACCUUGUCAGUAAUAACCAAAAGACCUCCAUGCUGAGCUGGGGGGGCUUAGCUAUGGAGAGUAAAGACAGCCUUCCGUAUAGUUAGUAGAACCAGGCAUUGAACAUUGGGCCUCUGGUCAUCCCUGAGUCAAGCCUGAGAUGGUGAUGGUUCUACUAGAGCUCUGUCUAUCCAUCUCCUCCACAUGCCUGCAGAGAGUAUGGCACAGCUAGUGUGUUGGGUAUCUAUCACUCACUAUUUGCAGCUAGAGCACCAAACAAAUGCUGGAAGGAAACUGAGAGGUUCUGGACAUGUUUGGCCCUACUCUUAAUUAAAGAGCCUAUAAUUAGCCAAUAUGGUUUUUAAGCAUAUGACUUGGGUAAGGCGUUAUUUCCCUUCCCUAGCUUAUCCAUGAUGGCUCGGCAUUUGGUAUGUUCACACCAAGAGAUGGCUAUGUUAUCCCUUUGCCAUCCACCUGCUAUGUAAACCUCUCUUUGUCCACGCUGUCCCUUUCUCCAGUGCUAACCAUUAUGCCAUACCGUAGAACAAAUUCACUACCCAGGAAAAUGUGUCUGUUUGCAUACUCAUCUUUAGUGUUAGCAUUUUUUUUUUUUUAGUCCAUUUUAGAACUUUGCCACUGGCCUAAGAGUAGAGUUUUCAGAAUAAUCUUUCAUAUGUAGUUGUUUUCCUUAUACCUCUUGGCUACAGGGUGGGCCAAACGAAUGCCAUCUAUCUUUCCAUUUGCUGUGUGUGGUUUGGUUUAUCAUCUGAAGAUGGUGGUGCUAUCGACGGUGCUACUUCAUCUGUGUACAAAAGACCGACGCAUGGUCUAUGUUGCUACCAAAACAUUUACUGUAUAUAUGUGGAUAACGUAUUAUGUAUAUAUGUAAUGGGUACCAGGCCAGGUUUAUAUUUUUUUUCUUUAGAAGUGUUUCACUUUUACAAGCUUUCUUUAUAGUGUUAUGCUUGUGUUCAAUUCUUUUACCCCCAAUGCUGUCUGGUACUUAGAAUUGUAGUGUCUUCAUCGUUAAUUAAAGAAAACCAUCUAAAUGAA